UUAGAUUCUGCAACGGAGCUAAAAUUGAAGUUAUUGUUACUGUUGUAAUCAAAUAUGUGAAGAAUUUCGUUUGUUCUUGCAAUAUUUGAAAAUGAAAACAAGAUCAAGUCGAGGAAAUGCAGUAGAUGAUGAUAGGUAAUUGUUUUGGAAGAAAGAAAUCGGCUGUUUCAAAAUGAUGCAGAACUGUAGGCAAGGAUGUUAGAUAUUUUCUAUAAAAGAGGACACAGAUACAGAUGAAAGUUCCCUUACAAAUUGUUCAACAAAACGUCGAAAAAUGGCUGAUCAUAUACAGAAGUAUGGUAGGAAUGGUUUAAAAAUUACGAAUCAUCUGCCUCAUUCAAUAAAAAGAGAACUUGAAAACAGUAGAGAUGCAGAUCAAAAGUCGUCAUCACAUUCCAAUUCUAAUGAAAUGUAUGUAAAUGGAACAGAGAGUGUGGAUGAAAAACAAAAUGUGCGUAGAAGCACUAGGCAGAGGAAAUUCAUGUAUGAUAACCUGAAUCAAACAUGGCUUUUAGCUUCUAGUAUUCCAGAAUUUUCCAAGUUAGAGUCUUUGUUUUCCACUGACCAAAGAGAUCCUAGAGAAGAAGAACAGUGUGUGACUGUGAGACCUCGCAGAUCAGUUAGGAACCACAGCUCAGAAAUCAGGCGGUUGGGUUUAUCUCCAGAAAGCCUUGAAUAUGAAGAUAUGUAUAGUCGAGUAAAGCGGAAAAGGAGAAAAACUGUACAUCAUAGUUUCUACACUCGGCGUAUUUCUCAAGAUGGAGGAAGUAUGGCAGAUACUGAAGAUACUGACCAAAAUGGAAUAUCAGAUUCAGAUACCAUUGAUGACCGAAGUGACUUAGGAGCUGAACGUCAGUGUCAGUUUCAAACUGGGAUACCUGUUGGUGAACCUCAAGAAGAUAGUGUCGAUCAUGCACCAAAAUAUUCUUUAAGGCCAAAAAAGCCAAUAACUGAGAGAUUCCAGUUUCCUAUAGAACCAGUACGACCCAAAAGGUCUAACACUGCCACCAUUUUUGAAUCCACGCAACAUCAUCAGCGUCCUAGAGAACGAGAAAGUUUUAAAAGUACUGCUCAUCGAACUCAUAUAUAUAGGAGAAAAAAACAUGCUAUUCAUAGCAGUUCUACGAGUAGCUCUAGUGAUGAUGAAAGAAGGUUUGAAAAAAGAAAAGCAAUUAGUAUGGCACGUGCUCGGAACAGAUGCCUGCCUCUUAAUUUUAUUGAGGAUGACCUCACUAAAGGUGUUUUAAGAGACAGGAUGAAGAUUGGAAGUAGUUUAGCUGAUAUAGAUCCUAUGAGCAUAGAUAAGAAUGUAUCAUUUGAUCACAUUGGUGGACUUGAUAAACAUAUAAGGUCACUAAAAGAAAUGAUUUUAUUUCCCCUCAUGUACCCAGAAGUUUUUCAGCGAUUUAAGAUUUCUCCUCCCCGUGGUGUUCUGUUUUAUGGCCAACCAGGAACAGGAAAAACUCUUGUUGCACGAGCACUUGCAAAUGAAUGCAGCACUGGUGAUAAACGUGUUGCAUUUUUUAUGAGGAAGGGAGCUGAUUGCCUUAGUAAAUGGGUUGGAGAAUCUGAAAGGCAACUACGACUUCUUUUUGACCAGGCUUAUUCUAUGAGACCUUCAAUUAUAUUUUUCGAUGAAAUUGAUGGACUGGCUCCUGUUCGGUCAACUCGUCAAGAUCAAAUUCAUAGUUCAAUAGUAUCUACUCUGCUUGCUCUAAUGGAUGGUCUGGAUAAUAGGGGUGAAAUUGUGAUUAUUGGUGCCACAAAUCGAUUAGAUGCUAUUGAUCCUGCUCUGCGAAGACCAGGACGUUUUGAUAGAGAACUAUUGUUUCCUUUACCAUCUUUUCAGGCUCGUGAACAAAUCUUUAGAAUAAUUACUAGAGAUUGGAUACCACCUCAGCCUGAUUCUUUACUGUCUGAACUAGCUGCUUGUACUGCUGGUUAUUGUGGAGCUGAUUUAAAGGCAUUGUGUUCUGAAGCAGCUCUUGUAGCUCUUCGGCGUCGCUAUCCACAGAUUUAUCAAUCAAAACAAAAGUUACAAUUAGAUGUGGAAACAAUUCAGGUUCAAUCUGUGGAUUUUUUCAAUGCUUUGAAGAAAAUGAAGCCAUCUGUUCAGAGGAGUGCUGUAUUUUCUGCAAAGCCUCUUUCAUCAAUUUUAAAGCCUCUUCUUGAACCUAUGCUUCAUACUGUCAUUUCAAAAAUUUCUAAGAUGUUCCCAUUUUUUUCCUUGGCUAUAAAAAAUAACUUGAAUUCUAGUGGAACUUCAGAACUGGUACCUCCUCCUGUAAACAUUGACUCUGAAGAUAGUGACAGUUGCCUAUAUCAUCAUGAAAUUCCAAAAAUCAGUAAUUCUAGUGCUUUAUGUCAUGAUGUGUCUCAGCCUGGAACUGGCAAGUCACUGUUAUCCAGAUUGUUCCCUGUUGUACACCGCCCUUAUUUUUUACUAUCUGGCAAAGAGGGCCAAGGACAAGGAAGUCUUGCACCUGCUGUUCUAUAUUUACUUGAAAAUAUUUCGAUACACAGGCUUGAUAUACCUGCAUUGUAUGCUGUUACGUCUAGAGCUCCAGAAGAGGCGUGUGCUCAGAUCUUUCAUGAAGCACAGAGGAAUUUACCAAGUGUGAUAUUUUUACCCCAUAUUGGAUACUGGUGGGAUACUUUAUCCGAUACUGUCCGUGCUACCUUUUUGUCCUUAUUACAAGAUUUAGAUCCUGCAACACCAUUAAUGUUAUUUGCCACUAGUGAUGUUUCAUUUGCUCAAUUACCUCUGAAGAUACAGGAAAUUUUCGGUGCUUCUGCUGAACAAGUUUUUUGCAUGCGCAAUCCAAAUGAAGAAGAAAGAAAGGCAUUUUUUGAUAAUUUGGUUAAAGAAAUAUAUAAAUUUCCUCAGAAGCUUGUUCAAAAAGCUGUUCCAGAAGAACUUCCUGUAGCUCCACCACCUGUUACACGACAGCUAACUGCUGCUGAAUUGAAUAAGCUGAGACAGAAAGAAGAAGCUACUUUACGAGAAUUAAGAUUGUUUCUUCGUGAUAUUUUAACAAAGUUAGCUAGAGAUCGACGGUUUUCUGUUUUUUCAAGACCUGUCGAUCCAGCAGAGGUCCCUGAUUAUCAAGAGGUCAUAAAAAAUCCAAUGGAUUUAGAAACAAUGAUGUCCAAGAUUGAUCUUCAUCGCUAUGAGACGGUUUCUCAGUUCUUAAGCGACAUUGAUCUUGUUUGCCAUAAUGCUCUUGAAUACAAUCCAGACAGGGAUCCCUCUGAUAAAUUAAUAAGGCAUCGAGCUUGUGCUUUAAAGGAUAUGGCUCAUGCACUGGUUCUAACUGAAUUGGAUGAUGAGUUUGAAAAAAUUUGUCAAGAUAUACAAGCUGCUCGUAAAGAAAGAGGUGAAAGCCCAACUAAAUUUGCCCCUAAGAGGUAUAAUGCUUUAUCUAAGAAUGCACCUGCUGCUUCUACUACUUCAACAGUAACAGCUCACAAUCUUAAAAAGAGAAAUGAUGCUCCUGCUGAACCUAAAGAAAAACCAUGUGAUAGAAAAGAAAAUAGUGGGUCCCUUCCUUCUCCUACUAGGUUCAGUAAACGCAUCAGAGGUAUGGGAGCUUCAUCGCUGUCAGCUGAUAGUCAGGGUGCAAAAAUUUUUCCAUCGCCAAAGCGAGCUUCAAGGUAUAUGAUCUGGAGAAGAAAGAAGUCACCAUGGUUUGGAGGUUGUCGUCGUAAAUUGAUACGUCGAAAAAUAAAGAGCUGUGGAGGGGAGUCUCGGUCAAAAAAAUUGAAAAUUCACUCCAAUUCCAAAUUCAUUAAAACAUCCGAUCCUCUCCAACCUACUCAAGAAGAAAGAAAGCCCAGUGAUGAACCUUCCAUGAGUAAUAAUAUGGAGUUUAUUAUUGCUAAAAAUGUUGAAGAAAGAAAAGAAAUGUCUGGCACUGAUUCUUCAGCAACAGUUGUAUCGCCAAAACCAGUACCAAUGACUAAUGAAUUAGGUCUUUUGAUUGAUAAAGAUGAUUUAAUGACUCAUGAAGGUUUAUCAGAUUCAUAUGUUUGUGUUAGUGAGAAUACUUUGAGUGAAACUGUCUCACAUCCUACCUCACCAUCUAAGUGUCAUGUUUCCUGUGAUAUUUCCAAGGACAAUAAUUGCUCAAAAAGUGUAUUUCACCAUAGCCCGCUGAGCAAUGUUGUACAUUGUUCGUCUUUCACACAGAACACUGCCAUAAAUCAAGAGUCUGAUGUACAGAUGGAAAAGCAAUUAUUAGUUAUCACUGCCAACCAAAGUUUUGUAGACCAUAAUGAAGUCCCUGAAAAGAGAAUAAUAAUUGACAGUGUUAUGUUGGACAAUUUUAUGUCUAAAUUAAUUAGAGUUACUGAACAUCAUACUGUUGAGAAACUUCUGCAACUUUAUUCAGUUUUACAGCAGUGUGUGUAUAAACAUAGGAAAGAACUAAAUAAGCAAGGCUUAUUGAAAGCGCUAGAGGAAAGUUUGAACUGUUUUUUGCAUUAUAAACCAUCCUAGUCUUUGAAACCACCUGGCCUUUUAUGGUUCACCAAACAUUUGUAUAUACAGGACACUGCCAGAUACACUGCCUGGAUUUUACUCCAUGUUUUUGUGUGUUUUUUAUCAUAAUCUAAUAUUUGAAUUUGGUUAAUAUUUUAAACAUUUUUUCGUAUGAAAGAAUAUUUCCAAACAUCAUUGCAUAAAAUUAUAAACAGAAAUUUUUGUAUUUAUUCAAAUAUUGUGUUCAUGAAUGGAAAAAAGUAGUGUAAUUUGAUUUUUGUUUUACAUUGAGAAAAUUAGGUUGUGUUUGUUCAUUGAUUAACAUUAUUUUGUUUCCUAUUACUAUUUUUAUGUAGAAAAAUGUUUUUCUUUUUGUUAGUAUAAAUUUUCUUAUUUGUAUUUUAUGCUUUUCAUCUCUUUGUAAGUUUAUUUUGUCAUCUGUGUUAAAGUGUAUUUAAAAACUUGUAUUUAUUUUCUUGAGGUAAUUUUUAUUUAUUCUAUUUAUAUUUAUUUUUUAUUCAUGUAUUUUUAACUUGUAAAGAAAUAUAUACCUUGAAUUAAAACAUUUUAAACAGAGUAAAGUCUUUGUUAAUAAGAAUUACAUAAUGAAAAACUUAAUUUUAACAAUCACAUUUUUGUAUUGCCAAGAGUUAUAAAUGCCUCAAGCAGAAUUGAAUCAAAUCUUAUCCGGAUCACUUGUUUCAUUUGAAUAACAUUUUAGUUAAAUGUACAACCAAACUAAAUGAAAUUUUAUUUGUUCUUUAAAUUUUCGAAAUAUCUGUAAUAUAGGGCAUUUUCAUGAAUAAUGUGUAGUAAAAUCAUAUUUUUUACUGUUAUUACUUCAUUUUUUUUUCAACAUAUCUGUUUUUUAUCAAAUAAAUAUUUGAAACAGUUCGAUGAAUAUUGAAUUUCCAGGUACAAAAUGCUGUGAUUUGCUAGUGUAUAUUUUGCCAGUAUUGUGUUUAUUUAUUUAUUUAUUUAUUUAAUCUUUUUGUCUCUUGCUUCUGAGUUUUCAAGAUUAUGUGGACCAAAUUUUGUAGAAGUGUAGAAAAGGAAUUAAAAAGUCUGCUUUUGUCCUUUUUCCUCUAGAUCUCAUUAUAAUUAAUAUGUAAAAAGAGUGAAACAGAUUUGCUGAAACAUGAUUGUAAAAUAAGAAAGAAAAUCGAAUGUGUGAGAAACUAUGUGAUGAGGAACUUCACAAAUUUAAUAUUUAUUUUAGUGCUUAUAGAUACUAAAUAAUUCAUAUUUAUAUGUACAUAAAUAUCUUAUAAAAUAAGUAUAACUUUUAUGUGGGACUGAAAUGUUUGAAAGCAUUUGCUUUUAAAGUAAGUGUAAAAAAAUUAUGUAAAUCAAUACUUUUGAAACACUGCAACUUUAAUAUGUCUGUUGUAAAUGGUACUCAUUUUAGGUAAGUCAUAUUAAAUCUAAAUAAGUAAAGCCUGUUACAAUAGAAUGUCAUUUAUGCAUUAUGUUACACAUAAACCUUGGUAUUAACUGAAAAUAGCAUCAGUAUUAUUUACCAUAUUCAGUCCAUCCAUGAUUAUUAUGAGCAAUGUUCAAAGCAAGCAGGAAAGUGUCUGUGAAAGAGAAUAAAAAUGAGUUCUAAAUUCGUGCAACUGGGUGACAAAAACUCUUUAAGAAGUCAUAAAUUGUAGAAUUCAUAUGAGUGAGAAUUCAGUUCUCUCUCUUUUUUUUUUUUUUUUUUUUUUAAUAUCCUUCUAUCUUAAUCUGCCAUUUUUUUCACAUUAUUUCAAUUAUUCUGAACUGUACCAACCCCCCCCCUGAAGUGGCAUGUUUUCUUUUUUCUCCCUUUCCUUCUUAUAUAUACCUUUUUGGAAUUAAUAUUGUUAGUUAUUUAUUAGAUAAUUUUCAAAGUUGAUAGUUGUAGUUAAAUUAAAUACAUUAGUGCCUUGAUUUAAAAGCAUAAUUCGUUUGGGAAACUUGCUUCGAUUCCAAAGCACUCGUGCAUCAAAGCAGUUUUUCCUAUACGAGAUAACAAAAAUUCAUAUGUUUCACUCUGCAGCCCAAAAAUAUUUAUAUAAAAAUAAUGAAUGUAAAAUAAUACUUUUGAAAAGAGUCAUGCGUAUGUAAUCAAAAUGUUGCUGUCAGAGGUUUGCCAGCAACUGAGUCACUGAAUGCCGGUAGUUUGACCUGGGUUCAAAUCCCAGCAGAUGUGCUGACUGUAUGGACAUUUUUAAGUUUUUCCGAUGCUUAGAUAUGAGCCAGUUUCCUGUAAAAAAAAAUCCUCUACAAAAGCGUCCCUUCUCUUAAGCAGAUAAAACUUUCGCUUGCUUUUCCCUAAUUAGAUGCAUCCUAACCAUUGCUGUCUAUUAGCUGCCUGGAAUUUUUCUUUUCAUGUGACUGGAACAAAGCAGCUAUAUAAUUAGCGAGGAAUGUAGCAAAGGAUGGAAAGAAUUGAAGGAGCAGAGUAUCGGAAGAAUUGGUUCAAUUGAACUGCAAACUUCUUGGCCUGAUUUCAUUCAGCUGUAGUUUUGAGAUUCCCCAAUGCCUCCUUUCUACAUAUAACUAACAAUACAAUUCUAGAAUAAGAAGAUUUUUAAAAAGUCUGAAAAUGGUAGCAAACCGAACUUAAUUUUAACAUGGAAGAAUAAACAUUCUUUUCUUUCCUCAAAUGGAAAACGAACUUUCCUAGUUUUUAGCCAAAUUGAACUUCCAAUAUUAAGCUCUCAAUGAGUAAACUCUAAAAGCGCUACUGUUCAUUUUUAACGAAUCAGCAUUGACUCAAUAAAGUAAAUUUGAAUCAGUUCCUGAAUGAAAAGCACAUCUUUGCUGAAGAUCCCAUUGAUUCAUUCAUCUAUUCAAAGAACAAAAUAUGAGUGGUCUAGGUUUUGCUAUUGGACCUCCACAAAAUGUUUUAACUGACCGUUUGAUAUCCUUUCUUUUAGUUUAUGGAUUUUUGAAAUGAUACGUGGGAAAAAGUUGUUGCAGAAUUAUGAGAUUAUUAAACAUGGCAAUUCAAGCUACCAGUAAUAAUAAUUGUGCAGUUUUUUGAAAUGCAAUAUAUAUAUUUUUACACUUGAGCUUUAUUAUUUGGUAGGAGGAGAUACUGAGAAAUGAGCAGAGGUGUUACAGAUGUUCUGAACUGCGGAUUUGCUAAUCAUUUUCAUACUUCAUGAAAUGCAAACAGUACAUUGCUUAAAUAACUAUCAUACAUUUCAAUUGUAUUGUGAACAAAUUUUUAUUUGGGCAAAUAUAUAUCUUUCAUUUUAUGUAAAUAUUUAAUAAAUGCAUUUAGAAGUGUAUUAUACUUUUAAUAUUCUUUUUAUAGCAGCUGAUUUUUGACUUAUUUAUUUGUAAUUUACGUUAUAAAAGUUUUAAUUUUAAAGUGUCAUAAUUUGUUUUAAUAGUAAAAUUUGUCUUAAACUUUGUAUUUCUAGUGGCAUAAUAUUCUUUUAAGGCUAAACAUUAUAUUCUUUUCUACAGUAUAAGCAUUUUAACCCAUAAAAAAUUUGUGUACUUCUUUUUAAGAAACAGAAAUUUUUUUUCACUGGUUUACACUGGUUUUACUGCUUAAACUAAAUUAUAGAGGUUACACUGGAAGGAUGGGAAUGUUAACAUUUUUAUAUCAAAUUCCUUAUUAUUAUUCAAAUGUAAGCUUAAUGGCUUCUCAAAAUUGUGUGAACUUUUUGUACACUAUUAAACAUUUUCAGUAGAAAAUAUUCAUUUAAUUCAGUCUGCAUAAUCCAAAUUGUUUAUACUUAAUAUGAAGUUUUUUGUUUUGUUUUAUCUUGAAAAUACAAAAUGCAAUUCACAUGAAAUCUUAAAUAAUUGGCUUUUAAGCCCAAAUUAUUGUAAUAUUAAUAAUGAAGAUAAUAAUAACUGCAAAAUCUUUUAAUAUAUAAGAUUUUACUUGAAAAUAUGAGUUGAUGAAGAGGUUCUCAUAGCUGCCAACUCAUUUCAUCACUUCUUCUGAUCUCCUAGUAGAUCACUGAAUCUCUGUUUUUAAUUUUUAGCCUUUAUUACAGAAAAUGUUUCCCAGCAAUAAAUGAAAUUUAUUGAAUUGAUCAAAUUAAUUAGGCACAUUUCAUUCCUUCACCUCUAAUGAAUUUUAGAAUAAUUUUUCUUAUUAAAUUUCAUUUCUUCAGGAUUGUUUUUCGUUUAUGUUACAUUUUAUUGAUCUGAGCUUUUAUAUGAAGAUUCAAGCAAUGUUUAAUUGGUUAAUAUUUGUAUUUAAUUAUGCUUACUUCAGUGUAUGAUAUUUUAGUAUCCAACAAAUACUAUAUAGAUUGAUUAUUUAUUUUAUUUUUGUCAUACUUAAAAGUAUUUCAGUAAAAAGCUGUCUUUCACUACUGAGAAUUUUCUAUUUAUAAAAGUGUAAGAAAAUUAAAAAAUGAAAUUAAUCAUAGAACAAAAAAUUUUGAAUGUCUAAAUUAAAUGCUAGUAUGUUGAAUUAAAAAUAGUUUAAUAACCUGAACCAUGCAUUAUAAAGUAAUUUUAAGUCAGUUUAAAAUGACAUUGCUGAAAAGCAUGAAAACAUCCUGGUUUUCUCUCAAAAUUAUCAGUUUUUAAGAUUUGAAGGUUGGCAGCUAUGGAUCUAAUAAAUUAAAAUAAAGCUUGAUUUUGUUAUAUUUUAGACUUUGUAAUACGAUAUGCAGAUGACAAAAUGUGAAUCCUUCUUCAGUUUUCAUAAAAGUUAGCCUUGAUGCGACAUCGGUAGUAAUUUUGUUUUCUGUUUUAUAAAUUUUCUGAAGUUUCCCUCCUAUUUAUAUGCUGUUUCUUUAAAUAUAAAAUUUACAGUGUAUCGUGAUGCUGCUUUUGAUGUAGGAAUCUUUUGGUUAAAAUUGUUCUCAAUUAUACUGGGUGAAACAUUUAAUCAUAAAUACAGGAUUCGAAGGCAUUUUAACUGUGGGUAUAGUCAAACUGAGGUCUUUUUUGUGGCUAGCAAAUGAAUGGUGUACAAAAUAUUAUAUUUAAGUAUUAUUUAUUAUCUGUGAGCAUUAUGUAUUUAAACAAUAUUAUUUAAUAUUUCUUCAUUAUUAAUGGAUAAUAUAUUUAAGAAAGAUUGCUUUUAGCCAAAUUAACAACUUUGUAAAAAUUUCUUAAACUUUUUUCUUCACUUAAAAGUAAGCAAAAUUUUUACAUAUUGAGAUUUAAAAUUCAAGUCUGUGUUGUAAUUUUUUUAAUGAAUUUAUUUUUUUAGUGUCCUUAUUGAGAGGGUGUAUAACAAUCAUGCCAGUAACAUUUAUUUAAAAAAGUUGCUAUGCACAUGAAAUCAUUUCACUUUCAGUUUUUUUUUGGGGGGGGCGCAAUAAAAGCAUGUCAUAAAGUGCAGAAUUAGUAUUUAAAUGUAUUUUUAAUCAUGCUUGUAAAUGAUACUGUGCAUUCAUUAGUUUUGCAUUUAGCUGCUGACUUUUUUACAUUUUAUUAUAUUAUGUUAAAUAAUUUAUCAGUUUAUUGCUCUUUGCUAAUUGUACUUAACUUGCUAAUUGUACUCAAGUAAAUAUGCACUAGGAUAAUUCCCUGGCUAAUUAGGUAAUUAUUUGUAUAGGUAACAAACAUAAUUUUUUAAAUAAAUUUUCAAGUUAACUUGUGUAAGUAAUAUGUUAGUUCUGCAUCAGCAUGUGUUGCCUGGUGUAUUAUUUUUGCCAUUAGCAAAAGUCAUACAAUAGGCAAGAUUGCUGGCUAGCUGAUGGUCAAUGUACUAAUUUAAAAAAGAAUUUAUUUUGGAAUUCUCAGUUUUAUAUUGAAAUUACUUUCAUUAUUUAUAUAUUAUCUGUAUAAUAUUAGUUUAUUCAACAGAUUUACUCAUAUCAUUGCAUCAGUAAUUAUUCACAGAUUAAUAUUUACUGCAAUUUAAAGUUUAUAUUAGUAUUCAUCUUUGUAUAUUAUAAUUAUACAAUCACAGUUGAUUUUGUCACACUUCUGUGCCUAAGAUUUUAUCUGUUUUGCUAUUUUUGUUAUGUUUUAGAGUAAAUAAAUCAAGUUGUAUUGACAAGUGAACUUAUAUAGUAACUUAUCUGGGGGGAAUAAGAUAUAAUCUUGCUAUAAUUGUGUUAAUCAGUCAUCUGCAUUCAAAAGCUUUUAGUAUCAAAAGAAGCAUGCUUAAAAAUUAGAUGAUGAAAUGUGCACAUUAUUUUUUUUAAUGUGGCAAAUGUAAUAUUUAGAUUUUAAGCUAUUUCAAAUUUCUUGUUGCAGAUUCAUGUUUAUAUAUUAAAAAUAUUAACAUUUGCUUUUAUUAUUAAUGACAUAUUGAGUUUUCUGUUCUGUUCUGAUCUAAUUAGCUUUCUCAAAGUACAAUGGUGCUACACUGAAUUUUUAAUGUGCAUUAUGUGAAUGCAAUCAGUUCUUAAAAUCAUUAAAGCAAUAUUUAAAACA